AACAAGAACAAGAAGCUCACUUUGGCGAAGUGAUCGGGGCCGAUCGUUGGUGAAGCUCCGAUGGCUCAAAGCGAUGGAGGUGAAGACGCCGGCAAGAGCUCGAGAUCCCCAUCUCAUUCAUCCAACUCCAGAGAUGGCGAUGAAGGUGCCCGCUUCCACCCUUUUCGCCGCCCUAAAACCCCUUUUUCUCAAGCUCUGAUGGCUCAAAGCGAUGGAGGUGAAGCCGCUGGCAAGAGCUCGAGAACCCCGUCUCACUGUCCAACGCUAGAGAUGGCGAUGAAGGUGCCAGCUUCCACCCUUAUCGCCGCCCUGAAACCCCCUCUUCUCAAGGGCUACUUUCGGACAAAUUUUCAAUUUUCAUGGAGUGUUUGGGAUGCAGAUAAUCCUGAUCAACAACUUCUUGAUAAGCUUUAUGUUGGGAGCUUCCACUAUCAUAUCUAAAGCCAAACAAGGUGCAAGUGUUCUCCAAUGGAGGACCACAAAGAUAAGGGUUUCCUUCAUAGCUGUUCUUAUCAAAUGUGCUGAACUGAGCAACCAAUCCAAUUGUCGGACCGGAAAGGUUGUUAUAUGCCA